AUGGUUACCGAGAAGAAUGAGGUCCUCAUGCUCGAGCAGCAGCCGACAAGAGAUGAGGAGUUGCAAAAGCCUGUGCCUAGGGUGGACAAGAUCGACUACUCCGGUGCUUACGAGAAAACGGACCCGCGAGAAAUCGCUUUGGUCAAGAAGCUUGACAGGUGGAUAAUGCCAAUGCUGUGGUCAAUGUACUGGCUGAAUUACCUCGACCGUAACGCGAUCGCCCUGGCACGUCUCGAUGACUUGGAAGAGGAUCUCAACCUCAGCAGCACACAAUAUCAGACAUGCGUGUCAAUUCUCUUUGUAGGCUAUCUGCUCGGUCAAAUCCCUUCCAACAUGUUCCUCAACCGCACGCGUCCUUCCCGGUAUAUGGGUAUAUGCAUGAUGCUCUGGGCGGUAGUCUCUGCUCUCACAGCGUUGUCUAAAGACUUUACUGGCUUACUACUCACCCGAUUCUUCCUCGGUUUGACAGAAGCUCCCUAUUAUCCCGGAGCUGUCUAUCUUCUGUCCAUGUUCUACACUCGCAAGGAGGUCGCUACGCGGAUUGCUAUCCUGUACACGGGCAACAUCCUCGCAACGGCAUUUGCUGGUCUCAUUGCCGCAGGAAUAUUCCAUGGCUUAGGCGAUGUUGGUGGUAUCACCGGCUGGCGCUGGCUCUUCAUCCUUCAGGGAGCUGUCACCUUCGUCAUCGCCAUCGUCGGCUUCUUCAUUCUUCCUGACUUCCCACACAACACCAAGUGGCUCACCGAAGAGGAACGUGCUCUUGCAACUAACCGCAUGGCAAUGGACACUGUUGGCAACAAGGGCGAAACCUCCGUCUGGGCGGGAUUCAGACAGGCUGCCAAUGAUCCCAUGGUGUGGAUCUUCGCUGCGAUGGCACAUUUCCAUUUAGCGGCCAACGGAUUUAAGAACUUCUUUCCUACCGUGGUUCAGACUCUCGGAUUUGGUCAAACUAUCACCCUCGUUCUGACUUGUCCGCCUUAUCUCAUCGCUGGCGCUGUCACUAUCGCCGUUUCGUGGUCUUCCGGCAAGUUCAACGAGCGCACUUGGCAUAUUACUAUUUCCAAAUGCGUUGCUACGUUUGGUUUCGGUCUUGCUUGCGCAGAAAUCGGCGUUGCUGGUCGCUACGUCGCCAUGGUCAUCUUCACCAUCGGGACAUAUGGUGUGAACUCGCUUAUCCUAGGUUGGUGCGGGUCAACAUGCGGUCAGACUCCUGAGAAGAAGGCCGUCGCUAUCGGCAUUGUUACUACGGUCAUGAACGCUUCAUUUAUCUGGACACCAUAUCUCUGGCCAAAGUCAGACGGUCCGAGAUACAUCAUUGCACUCAGCUCUUCGGCUGCAUUCUCAGUUGCUACGUUCCUUACGGCGUGGCUUGCGAAAAUUCUCUUCAUGCGCAAGAACAAGCAGCUCCGUGAAACGGACGGCGAGGUCCAGACAUUCUAUGUCUACUAG